AAUCACCAUAGAGACACCACCAGAAGGGCCGGGUGGGAUGUUUGUUGAACCGGAUAUGGACCACGUGCACCUAAAGAGGAUUUUAGCCACAAGAAAGCAAGAAAACAUGCCCAUACUCUCGUGUAGUUCACUGCCGUGUUGAUUUGAACGGAAGGCUCCUCCUCCGCCAUUUUUGACUGUAAACAUCCUGCCGAUUUUAAAAGGACAGCGGUGAGCGGGAGGAAGGCGACUGGCGCCAUCUUGGCUGUUUUAAUGAGUACAACAAGCGAGAAUUCAUUGGGAGAAAUUACCUAAUCAUUGGGGUUUCACGCUAGGAGGACCGCUGUCGGUGUAAAUUACCACAGUUGUCGCGUGUGAACCCGGGGAACCAGGGCAAUGUUCUACGCCCACUUUGUCCUCAGCAAACGUGGGCCGCUGGCCAAGAUAUGGCUGGCGGCCCAUUGGGACAAAAAACUGACCAAGGCCCACGUGUUCGAGUGCAACCUGGAGAGCAGCGUGGAGAGCAUCAUAUCUCCUAAGGUGAAGAUGGCGUUGCGUACUUCAGGUCACCUGCUCCUUGGUGUGGUGAGAAUCUACCACAGGAAGGCCAAGUAUCUGCUCGCUGACUGUAAUGAGGCCUUUAUCAAGAUCAAAAUGGCCUUCAGGCCAGGGGUGGUGGAUCUCCCUGAGGAAAACAGAGAGGCUGCAUACAAUGCCAUCACCUUACCUGAGGAGUUCCAUGACUUUGACCAGCCGCUUCCCGAUUUGGAUGACAUUGACGUGGCUCAGCAGUUCACCUUGAACCAGAGCAGAGUGGAAGAGAUCACCAUGAGGGAAGAUGUCGGCAACCUCAACCUCCUGCAAGACAAUGACUUUGCUGAUUUCGGGAUGGACGGCCGAGAGAUGAUGCGCGACGACUCCACCUUUGAAGAGGACAUCAUGCAUGGGGCCACGGCCUCAAACCUCUUGCUGGAGGCCGAGCCUGGUCCGGCCAAUCUACCGGACAAGUCCAACCACAUGGAGUAUGAUGACUUUGGGGAUGGUUGCCUGGGCAACAGCGACGGUGGAAUGCUUGUCGACAGACUGCUGAACUCUGAAGAUGGAGGCGGUAUCCUGGACGAUCCUCCAGCUAUCACAAGUGUCAUGAUGCCUCCAGAUCACGGCGAUGACGAAGAUGACUUUGAUAACCUCCAGUCGCCGGGUCCAGACAGUCCAGACUCUGGCCCAGCAGAGCCACUCCCUGCAAUGGCUGACCAGACAGAGCAGACCACUCUGGUUCACAAUGAGGAGGAGGCCUUUGCCCUGGAGCCCAUUGACGUCACUGUGAAAGAGACCAAGGCGAAGCGUAAAAGGAAGCUGAUCGUGGACAGUGUGAAAGAGCUGGACAGCAAGACCAUCCGGGCCCAGCUGUCCGACUACUCCGACAUCGUGACCACUCUGGAUUUGGCUCCCCCAACAAAGAAACUCAUGAUGUGGAAGGAAACUGGAGGAGUGGAGAAGCUCUUCUCUCUGCCUGCUCAGCCCCUCUGGAAUGCCAGGCUGCUCAAGAUGUUCACACGCUGUCUGACACCCCUGGUGCCCGACGAGCUGAGGAAGAGGAGAAAGGGUGGCGAGGCAGACAGUCUGGAUGAGUUCCUGAAGGAACUGGAGAACCCAGAGGUGCCGAGAGAGGAGCUCAUGACUCACCAGAGAGAUGUUAUCGACCAGACCAUCAUGGAGGAGCCCAGUAUACUGGCAGCCUCUGCAAUGGAGGGCAGCAGGACAACUUUAGAUGAGUCUGGCAUGCCCCCUCCAUCCACUCCCCGCAGUGUUAAACGCAAGGCCCACGACAAAGAGAGCACCAUCUCUAUGACUCCCCUGGAGCCACAGCACCAGCAACAAAUGAUGGAGCGCUCAGACCUGUCGCAGAGGUUAGAUAUGCCCCAGGUGGAGCUGCCCCCAGAGGAGAGCAGCGUCAACCUCACCCAGCUCGUCCCAGAGCUGGACCUGCUCAGUAGCAAAGGAAAGGACAAGAAGGACGAGAGUGACGAAGAAGAGGACGAGGAGGGUCAAGGUGGGGACCAGGAUCAGGAGGAGAAGAGAUGGAACAAGAGAACCCAGCAGAUGCUGCACGGCCUACAGCGCGUCAUGGCCAAGACUGGCGCCGACUCGGUUAGCCUGCUUGACCUGUGUCGGAACAACAACAGGAAGCAGGCAGCGGCCAAGUUUUACAGUUUCUUGGUCCUCAAGAAGCAGCAAGCCAUCGAGGUGACUCAGACUCAGCCCUACAGCGACAUCAUUGCAACCGCUGGACCAAGAUUCCACCUCAUUUAGACAUUGGAACCAGAAACAAACACUCUGCUUGCAGCAGGCAUACCGUACUCUUUUAAAAUUACGCAACUCUGCCUUUUUACUUUAUUUUUCUUGUCAGCCCUUUCUUUUUCUUUUUUUUUGUCUUUCCCGUGGGGAGUGGGAGGGAAUAGUCAGGGAAUGGGUCAGAAACUUUUUAACAAGAGGAUUUUACCAUACUUCAGAUGGAAUCAUGCAGUGUUCUUGGUUCAAAUGGCGCGAGGUAGAAUGUUAACAAGUAUAUUUAUAAAUCAAACUUUUUCAGUCAUCAAUUUGUAAACUGCUUCAUUUUGUUGUAAGUUAAAUUUCUGUUGUCUGCUCAUUCCAUAAAUUUUGUAUCCGUGCCCCUCUUUCGAACGAAAUGUAUAAGAUUUUAGAAAAAGGCCCCCGUAUUAACAUAAAGAAUCCUGCAUUGACUCUGUACAUGUUCUGGAAAGGUACUGUUUUAUUGCUCAGAAGUGUAACCUAUCCCAUCUUCUCCCUGUUGCACUUGUUCUUUGAUAAACUAAAAAGUUAAUCUGUCAAUAAAUUGUUAAUCUUACCUGGCAUUAAAUAUCAUGUUUCUGAUGUAUAAUUCCGGCAGUUUAUCAGUUAAGUUUUAUGUAAAUUUCUCUUUUGUACCUUUUUACGUUUUAUGCUUAUUUGCCUUUUUACAUUAUGUAAUAAGGUAAUGUACUUGUUACAGUUAAGUUCAAUAUCCCACCUUUUUAGACUUUGGGUAACUUCUAGUUGUGAUACUUCUGUAAAGAUUUUAAAUAAAGUGUUUUAAGUAACUG